AUGGAUUUCGUACUAUCAGAAAGUUCCGGCGGAGAAGAGGGAUCCGUAAACGAAGGUAGUUAUCACGCAAAAUCACAGAAACUUCGCUGUUUACAGGCAAUUCGCGACGUCUCAAGGGCAGCGGCUUUCCAUUUGCAACAAAAUGCCGCACCGUUCGUCAUCCCGACGACUGUUGCGGCGAUUCUUUGCCCACUUCCACUUCUUCUCGCGUCGGAGAUGCGAAACGCAAGAGUCGCCGCACAUUUGAACGUUCAGAGCAAUCCAUCGUUCAUGGAGAUCAUCAAAAAUGUUAGACCACGUUUUCAGUGGAAAAUUACUUCGCGGCCUAGAAAUUCGGCCAGAUUGCGAACAGCGCGCCCUUUCUGUCCGGUGCCCCUAUAAUAGUUUGAUUGACCUUUCCGUGGCACCCUUCUCUAAUCGUCCAAGUUUCCGGAACUUUCUUCAGUUCCUCCUAUAAGAAAAUCAGUGUUCAAUUCACUGUUCGGCGAGCAAGUGCAACAAAAGAAGAGUUAAUUUGACACUAAGGUGAGCCCCGGGUUGUUUCAGAGACAAAUUCAGCGCAUUUUCAGACGUACUGUUCAAGCCAUGCGUCUGUUCGCCGUUCUAGGCCUCAUCACCUUGUGUCGUGGAUGGGAUGUUCGGAACGAGCCGUUGAGAUUCGCGAGACGGCUCAAUCCUGGAGGAAUCAGCUCGACCGCCACUUCCGAUCCGACUCCAAAUUCUACUUCGACUUCUGAUCCUACUCCGGCUCCGACUCCUGCCCCCGCUCCCCCGAAGACACCAGUUCCGAUUCUGAAAAGUUAGUUUUCCAGCACUUCGUGGUCCUUUCUAGAACAUCCAUUAUUCAAACAGUGUGAUUUUAUUGUUGAUUUCAGCGAAUACUUCGCUCCGCCAAAUCUCCGACGACUUCUCUAUCCUUGGACGGAUCGUGAACACGAUUGCCAUCCAGGAGGGACUCUCCAACGAUUCCAUCCGACUCGUGGAUCUUCUCGCCGAACUGUACGACUUGGAAUCAGGGAAUGGACUGAUGAGACUGAAGGAAAUGAAGGUGGAUCCUAGAACUGUGUCCGGUGAGUUGGACAAGAUCUUGGGUAUUGUCGGAAAUCUGAAGAAAGAUGCGAUAAAUGAUCCGACGAAUGUGAAAAACGGCAUUGUGACACUCAUGGAAAUAAAGCACAAACUCCCUGAUUUCGAGGCGGGACUCAACGAAACAGCCACGGAGGACUUGGUCGCAAAGUUUGAGAACGUAUCCGGGAUUCAAUUCAUCAAUGGAGACUUCUUGGACACUUCUAAAUUUGAAAGUGUAGUAGAGCAAAUAACUACUAUAAAAAAGAAUCAAGAAAUAAGUAAUACAGGUGUACUCACCCUUCUCGAUGGUGCAUUGAAGCAGAUAUUGCAUCUCACGGCCCCUCUCUUGGAUCGGUUCCAAUCGUUCAAAGAUUACAAGUCAAAGUUGAGCAAUGUGAUGGCUGUGAAAGAUCUGCACAAGGUGAUUGAACCGGUCCUCGUGAUCUCCCAAGCAGUCCGAGAAUACAGCCAAAACUCGGAGGCGUUUAUUUCUCUUCCGUCCAAGUUGUCUGAAUUGAAAGCUGAAUUAGACAUCUUCAUUCCAAUCGCCGCGAAACAUCAAUCAUUCUCGGCAGUCAAUGCUGCCCUCAAGAUCGCUCAUCCGUUCGUGAUUGAGCUGAUAUCUCCGAGGACUUCCGGACGUAUUCUGACCAGAGCGUUCCCGAACGGAGCCAAGGACUAUGCUCGGUUCCCGAAAGACAUCCGAAGCGAGUGGUUCAAGGAGACGAUCGCCUGCGGAAAGGACGUGAAACGAUUAGAAGACGCUCUCGACCACUCAAGACACUUCAGCGAGCAGGUGUCGGAGUUGGAUGCGAGCUGGCAGAAGUUCCGGAACAUUUCCCACGUCGCCAACUUCACUGAUCGGCUAGUGAACUCGACAAGCAGUUUGGCAAAGGAUGGAGAGGAAUUGGCUGGAAUCAAGGACUUGAAACCUUCGAUUGAAACGGUUGCGAAUGCGGUCCAAUCUCUGAAGAAUAUCACAUGUGCUCCACCAUUUGAUGAUAUUCAAAAAGUCAAUGAUUAUGUGAAAAACAUCAAUGAGCUCAUUGUGCGAAUGGAACAAGCGAUUGAAAGUGUCAUGCAAAACACAACUCAAAAUGUGACAGCAAGUAUGACAACAAUUGCCAAAGUAGCUAAUAAAAUUACGAAUAAUCCUGCAAAUAUAGCUGCCAUGAUUAAAGAUUUCAUAGAACUUCCUGAAAUCCAAAUGGUCGUCGAUCAUAUGAACUUCGUCAAUGCCACUCUCAGUCCCUUCUCAGCAGUCAAACUUGAAGCGGCCUUUAGCAACGUUCCUGACUUUAGUUCGAUCAAAUCAAUACAGUCCUGUCUUAAGGAAACUGGACUAGUUGGCACUCUGAAGCUUCUUCAAUCCGGCAACUAUAACUCGGACGGAGUCGGAAGGGUCUUCCGCUUCGAAAGCGCUAUUCAAGAAUUGACAACUUCCGAUGUCACAACAGCCAAAGUUCUGUUCGACACGAUGGACAAGAUGAAAGAGGCGGUCGUGGGCGUGAUCGGAAAAUCAGGAACGUCGAUGAGAAGACGUCGGGCACUCGACGACAAGCUGGCGCUGAGCAACUUGGAGAAGUCGGAGGAAGUGGCGACGAGCGUUGCGAGAGGAGUAGACACACUCCGGAUGAUGUCCGACGUGCUCGACAAGAAGAAACAGGUGCUGGCGGCGGCCGAUGCUCCACCAGAAGUGAAUGCAGUCAUCGGAGCACUUCCGACGGUCAACGCGUCCUGGACGAGCAUCACGAAAGAAUCCAUGAGGAAGCUGAUCAAGGAUCUGGUGAAUGUGGACAGCUACGCGAAGGAUCUGGCGGAAGAGACCGAUCUUCUGAAGAUCGGAACUGUGUUCGACAAGGCUGGAACAGUGGCAGGAGUCAAACUGAAUACUCGACUUCUUGCGGACUCUAUAUCUGAAACUCUGCAGAACUCCACCAGUCAGAAAGCCAAGAACCUUGAGCCGACUUUCCACGAACUCGGACGGCUCGAACUGGACUUCGCCAGCCACAAGGACGAUUUCACGGCGGCCUCUCUCGCUCUGACCCGACUCCGCACCUUCUUCGACGACUUUUUCGGCAUCGAUCGGGCGACUUCGUUGGUGACGGGGACGGAGGAUUCGACGCCGACCGUCGCCUGGUACCACAUCGUCAUUGGCGGCAGCGCCCUCGUCGUCUUGAUCAUUCUGAUCUUUGUGGUUAGAAAGGCGCGGAAGAUGUUGAAGAGAAGGCGAGACUAUAUUAGUGAGUUUCUUCCGUAAUCCCGUGCAAACACUCUGAAAUUUCAGGAAUCGACGACAGGAGAGAACGUCCCGACAGGCGCCGCAACGCUGUCACCAACGACAAUAUGCAUCGAACUUUGGGACACACCGACUUGCAUCUGGCCCUAAAGCAGGCGAAAUGGAACGAAGUCUUCCGUCUGGUCCAUGAAGGCAACUGUUUCAUCAACGGAUACAGUAAGCAUCAUCCGGAGAGGUGCCGAGUAAACUUUGCAAUUGCAGUGUACGAUUGGCCGAACGCUUGGACACCACUCCAGUACGCUUUCAAGAAAAGGGCGCCCGACUGGGUCGUCGAGGCGAUGCUUGAACACGGCGCCGAUCUGUUCCAGAGAGACACUGAGAACAACACGGCCAUGGACUAUCUACUGAAAAUCCACCCGAAGAUUGACGAUAAAACGUACUCGAAAGGAUGGAGAGGUUGGUACGAAUGGAUCCGAAAUGAAGAAGAGUAUCCGCUUCGGUCGAUAAUCCGCCACAAAAAGUUCUACAAGUACCAGAUGAGUGAGUGUCUGUUUUUGUCUUCCAACUCGCUUCCGAUCGACGAUUUGCAGAACCGCCGAUCAUUCUCCACCCCGAAAACUUUUGCGUUCACUUUGACUUAUAUAUCGGAACAUAUAAAAUUGAUAAAUUCGCGAAACUUUUCAGAGGACGGGUCAGUUUGAAGUGGGGGGGAAAGCACACAGAUCUUCGGUUUUGUUUUCAGUGCAAUCCCGAAAGCUUCUACGAGCCGAACAGAAUGGCCACUCACUUUGUGGUGAGCGACGAAGGCACCGGCACAGUGGACCUAGACACGAGAUGGGAUUUGCUUCCGCGACUGUUCAGUCCGACGAUCCUGAUGACGGAAGCGUGGCUGGAAAUGGUGACUUACAAUGGAUUGAAUAGCUUGGAAGGAUGGACCAACGACUACGAUUACCGGAUCACGAAGGCCAAGUACAAAGACCGUAUCUACACGACUGUCGAGCUGAUCAACUCUAUGUAUCAUCAGAUGGUUUGUCGUUUCGCAUUGAUCUCCUCGAUUAGACCCACUUUCAGAGCAUUCCCUACUUGAUUGGAGCCAAGGUUCUGCCUCUUGAUAACACCAAAAUCAGAUCAAAUCAAACCACCUUCGUUCUCAACGUGGUUCCCUUGUUAGGCGGAUUGAACCGGGACGAUCUGGCAAAAGACGACUACCGAGAAACCUGGUUCUACAAUGACCAUGUGUCGGCAGAGUUGCAUUUCGGCGUCGAGGAAGAGCGAGCAGCAUUCAUGGAAGUUAAGGAACGAGUCUACGAUCUUCAUUCGGAUUCCGCAUACUUUGCGUUCACCACAGAGAGUGAGCUCUUGUCGAAAAUACUCGCCAUGAGUGUUGUGACGAACAAAAAGGUGAAGUUGCUCUACUGUGAUCCAGCUGACUACGCGUACAGCGAACCGACAAACUUUUGGAAUCCGCUGAAUUGGGUGCGAAGACCGAAGGACCCGAAGAUUGAAUUGUGGAAGAAGGAGGAGGCGGAGGCGAGAGCGAGAUGGAUUGAGUCGCUCGAAGAUUUGAAAGAUCCGCGAAAGAAGAAGAAGGCAAAAGUCGCGAAACCUGUGAAAGGCGGAUCCCACUCGACAAAGCCGAUUCUCGACACGAGAGAGCCGUCCAACUCGCAAAAGAAAAUGGUGACGCAGAAAAAGCCGACUCCGGCGGCGUCGACCUAAAGCAAACUUGAUAUAAUUGAUCCUAUUUUACUCGUCUCGAUUUCAUCUUAAUAAAAUCGUUUCGAAGUUUAUAUUUUUGCUCGCAAUUUUCGCGAACGAGCACUAUUGCGGAGAGAGCGCAGAGAAAUAGAGAGUAGCGAGCGGGAUGGGCAAUUUAUCGGCCGCCACCUGCCUGCUUGCACUUUUUCUGUGUUUUCGCUCGUGCGAGAAUGUUCUAUUCUUUUUUUUUUGGCUGAAAACUUAAGUACUCGGAAUCACUGCUUUUCUCUGCUUUUUCGGUUCGAAUCGCUUGACGAAAUUCGUUCAAGCCGAGAGAAAGAUUGUCUGGCGCGAUCGCGAUCGGCAAAUCGAAAGUUUUCCGAGUGAUAACGAAAGAAAGAGAGCGUGAUAACGGCCGAUUGAUUAUCACCUCGUGACUUAAACAACGAUCAAGCGAUCAAGUUGCGAACGUAGUUUUUGGCUGGGGGUUUUGCGAAUUUGGACCAGUGGGCCGGACUAUUUAUUUAGGAAUUACAGGGUGGUCCACCGUUACCCGUACAAAAGUUUUACGCGGCGCGCGUAGGUACUGACGCAAUUCUGGUGUGGCCCUAAUUCAAAAUUUUGUAUAUUAUCAUGUUCUUAACUAUUUGGCCAAGUCUCAGACCAAACUGAUUUGUUUCAGCCGAAUAGCACCGAUUAGUCUGCACCCCGUUCCCAUAGUACGCUUUUUCACUGAGGGGUGAGCAGACAAACCAUCAUGAAAUGUGAUGUGGAAAUGAGUCCAAUAUCCGUGUAAAUCACUCUAAAAUGCAAGCUGAGUCCGUGCCAUGAUUUCUUGUCCCAUCAGCUGAACACGCCAAUCUCAACGCGUUUUCAUCGAUCAUGGUGACAAAAUCAGAAAAGUACGUUAUGUAGAUGAGACGUCAACAAAGAAACGUUUUCUUCGGUCUCACAAAUACUUUGGAGAACAACAUUGGGUGUUAGAUUAGGAUAAUACGCCUGCUCACACGGACAAGAUCAUUUAGCAGUGGUUCCAGGCCAAUUUGGCAGCGUUCAUCAAGAAGGAAAAAUGGUCCGAUUUCUCGCCGGACCAUUUUUUGUUGGACUAUUCGUUGUUGGGGUCUUACAGGCCAAUAUAAAGGCUAAACCCCAGACAAGUAGGGGAGUGAUAAAAAAAUUCCUUGCCAGGUAGGGGCUCAAUCUGUCCACGGACUUCCCGCGUGCCGCGGCAAACUGUUACUUCGGAAGUCUUCGGGCUGUCAUUGUUAGGAAAGGAGGUCGGGUGCAACACUAUUAGCUUAUAAAUAUUGUCAAACAUCUUAGUAAACGUUUUGUUAAGUCUCAUGUCUUUCUGACUUCUAGUUUUGGAAUUACACAACUUUUAUUUUGUACGGGUAACGGUGGACCACCCUGUAUGUGGAUGGCCGUAAAAGAGACCGAAAGGGCUUUUUUGCUCGCAUCCACACUUUGCACACUUCUUGGACAGUCGGGGAAUAGGAUAUCCGGUUUCUCACAGCCUCAAACUAAUAUGUGCCGCAUCGAAUCGACAAGUAACAUGCAUUCUAGUAAAGAACUCUAAACAAAGUUGGAUAAAUUUAAAAAAAGCAACAGCAGAAACAUUUUGUGCGAGAACCGAAUGAAAAAUCGGAUGCGAACAAUGCUUUACAUCAUUCUAUUUCGAGAACAGUGGGUCUAGACAAGUCGUUUUUCGCGCAGUUCCAUUUCGAAAUCGCACCAACAAUAACCGUUUUUCAGGUAAAAAAUCCGGAAGCGCGAAAGACGGGCGACAAAAUCGAAGUGUUCUAUUCACGCAAGACGACAGUCGUCUCGCCGACCAAUUCAGAUGAUGAGGAGGCGGACUUUUGCUCCGACUCGGAACUUCUUCCCUCGUCGCAAGAGGGACAUCGCUCCAGAGCCACGUCGUUCCACGGAAGGGUUCGAGCUGGCAGCGACGACGAGACGGCCAACCCGAAGCACACUGUUCUCAGGUUCGGCAGGCUACGACUUGGUCCAAAAAGUUCCCAUUUUUAGCAACUUUACCGCACUCUUUAGAGGAGUCUUGCAGUAACUCUUCGUAUUUAACAUUCCGUUUUCAGAUAUCGCCGCAAAAAGGGCGGUCAGUGGCGAGAGGUGAACGCGCAAGGGACGCCCGACAAGCGGAAAGACGAUGAGGACGAACUGGAGGUGGAUGUGAAGGAGGACCGGUCCGAGCAGACGGGCGUCGUCACGAAGACGUACGAGGCACGGUGGAAGGUGCUCAAGUACGAGCAUCUGCCCGAGUGGCUGCAGGAUAACGAGUUUCUAAGGUGAAUUCGGACACUUCACUCAUUUUCGAACACUUCUCAACGUGUUUCGUUCAGACACGGCCACCGUCCGCCACUCCCCUCGUUCUCCGAAUGCUUCAAAGUAUUCUGUCGCUGCACACGGAAACUGGCAACAUUUGGACGCAUCUCAUCGGAUGCGUCGCCUUCUUUCUUCUCGCCUGCUGGUUCUUCACGAGACCCGACAAUCACAUUCAGUUCCAGGAGAAGGUAUCGCGCUUUUCUGCCACCAAGCAUUCUAUCGAAACAGAUUUUGCAAAAGACGAUAAAAUUGAAGUCUUCUUUCAGGUCGUCUUCUCGUUCUUCUUCGUCGGCGCCGUCCUCUGUCUCGGUCUCUCGUUCGCAUUCCACACGCUCUCAUGCCACUCGGUGAACGUCGUCAAACUGUUCUGCAAACUAGACUACAUGGGCAUAUCGCUGCUCAUCAUCGGCUCCUUCAUUCCCUGGAUCUACUACGGCUUCUACUGUCGUCGCGAGCCCAAAAUCACGUACAUCGCAAUGGUUUGCGUGCUCGGCAUCGGCGCGAUCGUCGUCUCGUUGUGGGACACGCAACUGAUCGAGGAAUGGUUCCCGGCCGACUGGAGCACAAUUCUCAUCACCAAAACAAUGUUGAUCCUGGCCGACACAGCCAAGGACAUCUUGCUUUCGAGUCGGAAAAUGUUGGAAGAAGUGUCCGGUCCGGUGAAGAUCUUCGGAGACUUCCAUGGCCAAUUCGAAGAGAUAGAGAUCUUUGAAACGCCUUUUAGUCUUUUUGUUUGUCCGCUCGAAACACGGUUGUGAUUUCAUGAAAAUCUUCCCGAUAACGUUGUGCAAAUCAGAAAACGGUUGGUGGUAGUUUGUUUGACCUUUCCGUGGCACCCUUCUCUAAUCGUCCAAGUUUCCGGAACUUUCUUCAGUUCCUCCAAUAAGAAAAUCAGUGUUCAAUUCACUGUUCGGCGAGCAAGUGCAACAAAAGAAGAGUUAAUUUGACACUAAGGUGAGCCCCGGGUUGUUUCAGAGACAAAUUCAGCGCAUUUUCAGACGUACUGUUCCAGCCAUGCGUCUGUUCGCCGUUCUAGGCCUCAUCACCUUGUGUUGUGGAUGGGAUGUUCGGAACGAGCCGAUGAGAUUCGCGAGACGGCUCAAUCCUGGAGGAAUCAGCUCGACCACCACUUCCGAUCCGACUCCAAAUUCUACUUCGACUUCUGAUCCUACUCCGGCUCCGACUCCUGCCCCCGCUCCCCCGAAGACACCAGUUCCGAUUCUGAAAAGUUAGUUUUCCAGCACUUCGUGGUCCUUUCUAGAACAUCCAUUAUUCCAACAGUGUGAUUUUAUUGUUGAUUUCAGCGAAUACUUCGCUCCGCCAAAUCUCCGACGACUUCUCUAUCCUUGGACGGAUCGUGAACACGAUUGCCAUCCAGGAGGGACUCUCCAACAAUUCCAUCCGACUCGUGGAUCUUCUCGCCGAACUGUACGACUUGGAAUCAGGGAAAGGACUGAUGAGGCUGAAGGAAAUGAAGGUGGAUCCUAGAACUGUGUCCGGUGAGUUGGACAAGAUCUUGGGUAUUGUCGGAAAUCUGAAGAAAGAUGCGAUAAAUGAUCCGACGAAUGUGAAAAACGGCAUUGUGACACUCAUGGAAAUGAAGGACAAACUCCCUGAUCUCGAGGCGGGACUCAACGAAACAGCCACGGAGGACUUGGUCACUAAGUUUAAGAUAGUAUCCGGGCCUCUAUUCAUCAAUGGAGACUUCUUGGACACUUCUAAAUUUGAAAGUGUAGUGGAGCAAAUAACUACUAUAAAAAAGAAUCAAGAAAUAAGUGAUACAGAAGUAAUCGCCCUUCUCGAUGGUGCAUUGAAGCAGAUAUUGCAACUCACGGUCCCUCUCUUGGAUCGGUUCCAAUCGUUCAAAGAUUACAAGUCAAAGUUGAGCAAUGUGAUGGCUGUGAAAGAUCUGCACAAGGUGAUUGAACCGGUCCUCGUGAUCUCCCAAGCAGUCCGAGAAUACAGCCAAAACUCGGAGGCGUUUAUUUCUCUUCCGUCCAAGUUGUCUGAAUUGAAAGCUGAAUUAGACAUCUUCAUUCCAAUCGCCGCGAAACAUCAAUCAUUCUCGGCAGUCAGUGCGGCCCUCAAGAUCGCUCAUCCGUUCGUGAUUGAGCUGAUAUCUCCGAGGACUUCCGGACGUAUUCUCACCAGAGCGUUCCCGAACGGAGCCAAGGACUAUGCUCGGUUCCCGAAAAGACAUCCGAAGCGAGUGGUUCAAGGAGAAGAUCGCCUGCGGAAAGGACGUGAAACGAUUAGAAGACGCUCUCGACCACUCAAGACACUUCAGCGAGCAGGUGUCGGAGUUGGAUGCGAGCUGGCAGAAAUUCCGAAACAUUUCCCACGUCGCCAACUUCACUGAUCGCCUAGUGAACUCGACAAGCAGUUUGGCAAAGGAUGGAGAGGAAUUGGCUGGAAUCAAGGACUUGAAACCUUCGAUUGAAACGGUUGCGAAUGCGGUCCAAUCUCUCAAGAAUAUCACAUGUGCUCCACCAUUUGAUGAUAUUCAAAAAGUCAAUGAUUAUGUGAAAAACAUCAAUGAGCUCAUUGUGCGAAUGGAACAAGCGAUUGAAAGUGUCAUGCAAAACACAACUCAAAAUGUGACAGCAAGUAUGACAACAAUUGCCGAAGUAGCUAAAAAAAUUAAGAAAAAUCCUGCAAAUAUAACUGCCAUGAUUAAAGAUUUCAUCGAACUUCCUGAAAUCCAAAUGGUCGUCGAUCAUAUGAACUUCGUCAAUGCCACUCUCAGUCCCUUCUCAGCAGUCAAACUUGAAGCGGUCUUUAGCAACGUUCCUGACUUUAGUUCGAUCAAAUCAAUACAGUCCUGUCUUAAGGAAACUGGACUAGUUGGCACUCUGAAGCUUCUUCAAUCCAGCAAAUAUGACUCGGACGGAGUCGGAAGGGUCUUCCGCUUCGGAAGAGCUAUUCAAGAAUUGACAACUUCGGAUGUGAGAACAGCCAAAGUUCUGUUCGACACGAUGGACAAGAUGAAAGAGGCGGUCGUGGGCGUGAUCGGAAAAUCAGGAACGUCGAUGAGAAGACGUCGGGCACUCGACGACAAGCUGGCGCUGAGCAACCUGGAGAAGUCGGAGGAAGUGGCGACGAGCGUUGCGAGAGGAGUAGACACACUCCGGAUGAUGUCCGACGUGCUCGACAAGAAGAAACAGGUGCUGGCGGCGGCCGAUGCUCCACCAGAAGUGAAUGCAGUCAUCGGAGCACUUCCGACGGUCAACGCGUCCUGGACGAGCAUCACGAAAGAAUCCAUGAGGAAGCUGAUCAAGGAUCUGGUGAAUGUGGACAGCUACGCGAAGGAUCUGGCGGAAGAGACCGAUCUUCUGAAGAUCGGAACUGUGUUCGACAAGGCUGGAACAGUGGCAGGAGUCAAACUGAAUACUCGACUUCUUGCGGACUCUAUAUCUGAAACUCUGCAGAACUCCACCAGUCAGAAAGCCAAGAACCUUGAGCCGACUUUCCACGAACUCGGACGGCUCGAACUGGACUUCGCCAGCCACAAGGACGAUUUCACGGCGGCCACUCUCGCUCUGACCCGACUCCGCACCUUCUUCGACGACUUUUUCGGCAUCGAUCGGGCGACUUCGUUGGUGACGGGGACGGAGGAUUCGACGCCGAACGUCGCCUGGUACUACAUCGUCAUUGGCGUCGGCGCCCUCGUCGCCUUGAUCAUUCUGAUCUUUGUGGUUAGAAAGGCGUGGAAGGUGUUGAAGAGAAGGCGAGACUAUAUUAGUGAGUUUCUUCCGUAAUCCCGUGCGAACACUCUGAAAUUUCAGGAAUCGACGAGUACCUGAAAGAUCCUCUCAACUGGCGCCACAACGCAUUCACCAACGACAAUAUGCAUCGAACUUUGGGACACACCGACUUGCAUCUGGCCCUAAAGCAGGCGAAAUGGAACGAAGUCUUCCGUCUGGUCCAUGAAGGCAACUGUUUCAUCAACGGAUACAGUAAGCAUCAUCCGGAGAGGUGCCGAGUAAACUUUGCAAUUGCAGUGUACGAUUGGCCGAACGCUUGGACACCACUCCAGUACGCUUUCAAGAAAAGGGCGCCCGACUGGGUCGUCGUGGCGAUGCUUGAACACGGCGCCGAUCUGUUCCAGAGAGACACUGAGAACAACACGGCCAUGGACUAUCUACUGAAAAUCCACCCGAAGAUUGACGAUAAAACGUACUCGAAAGGAUGGAGAGGUUGGUACGAAUGGAUCCGAAAUGAAGAAGAGUAUCCGCUUCGGUCGAUAAUCCGCCACAAAAAGUUCUACAAGUACCAGAUGAGUGAGUGUCUGUUUUUGUCUUCCAACUCGCUUCCGAUCGACGAUUUGCAGAACCGCCGAUCAUUCUCCACCCCGAAAACUUUUGCGUUCACUUUGACUUAUAUAUCGGAACAUAUAAAAUUGAUAAAUUCGCGAAACUUUUCAGAGGACGGGUCAGUUUGAAGUGGGGGGGAAAGCACACAGAUCUUCGGUUUUGUUUUCAGUGCAAUCCCGAAAGCUUCUACGAGCCGAACAGAAUGGCCACUCACUUUGUGGUGAGCGACGAAGGCACCGGCACAGUGGACCUAGACACGAGAUGGGAUUUGCUUCCGCGACUGUUCAGUCCGACGAUCCUGAUGACGGAAGCGUGGCUGGAAAUGGUGACUUACAAUGGAUUGAAUAGCUUGGAAGGAUGGACCAACGACUACGAUUACCGGAUCACGAAGGCCAAGUACAAAGACCGUAUCUACACGACUGUCGAGCUGAUCAACUCUAUGUAUCAUCAGAUGGUUUGUCGUUUCGCAUUGAUCUCCUCGAUUAGACCCACUUUCAGAGCAUUCCCUACUUGAUUGGAGCCAAGGUUCUGCCUCUUAAUAACACCAAAAUCAGAUCAAAUCAAACCACCUUCGUUCUCAACGUGGUUCCCUUGUUAGGCGGAUUGAACCGGGACGAUCUGGCAAAAGACGACUACCGAGAAACCUGGUUCUACAAUGACCAUGUGUCGGCAGAGUUGCAUUUCGGCGUCGAGGAAGAGCGAGCAGCAUUCAUGGAAGUUAAGGAACGAGUCUACGAUCUUCAUUCGGAUUCCGCAUACUUUGCGUUCACCACAGAGAGUGAGCUCUUGUCGAAAAUACUCGCCAUGAGUGUUGUGACGAACAAAAAGGUGAAGUUGCUCUACUGUGAUCCAGCUGACUACGCGUACAGCGAACCGACAAACUUUUGGAAUCCGCUGAAUUGGGUGCGAAGACCGAAGGACCCGAAGAUUGAAUUGUGGAAGAAGGAGGAGGCGGAGGCGAGAGCGAGAUGGAUUGAGUGGCUCGAAGAUUUGAAAAAUCCGCGAAAGAAGAAGAAGCCAAAAGUCGCGAAACCUGUGAAAGGCGGAUCCCACUCGACAAAUUCGAUUCUCGACACGAGAGAGCCGUCCAAAUCGCAAAACAAGAUGGUGACGCAGAAAAAGCCGGCACCGGCGGCGUCGACCUAAAGUAAACUUGAUAUAAUUGAUCCUAUUUUAACCGUCUCGAUUUCAUCUUAAUAAAAUCGUUUCGAAGUUUAUAUUUUUUGCUCGCAACUUUCGCGAGCGAACACUAUUGCGGAGAGAGCGCAGAGAAAUAGAGAGUAGCGAGCGGGAUGGGCAAUUUAUCGGCCGCCACCUGCCUGCUUGCACUUUUUCUGUGUUUUCGCUCGUGCGAGAAUGUUCUAUUCUUUUUUUUUUUGGCUGAAAACUUAAGUACUCGGAAUCGCUGCUUUUCUCUGCUUUUUCGGUUCGAAUCGCUUGACGAAAUUCGUUCAAGCCGAGAGAAAGAUUGUCUGGCGCGAUCGCGAUCGGCAAAUCGAAAGUUUUUCGAGUGAUAACGAAAGAAAGAGAGCGUGAUAACGGCCGAUUGAUUAUCACCUCGUGACUUAAACAACGAUCAAGCGAUCAAGUUGCGAACGUAGUUUUUGGCUGGGGGUUUGCGAAUUUGGACCAGUGGGCCGGACUAUUUAUUUAGGAAUUAUGUGGAUGGCUGAAAAGAGACCGAAAGGGUUUUUUUUGCUCGAAUCCACACUUUGCACACUUCUUGGACAGUCGGGGAAUAGGGUAUCCGGUUUCUCACAGCCUCAAACUAAUAUGUGCCGCAUCGAAUCGACAAGUAAAAUGUAUUCUAGUAAAGAACUCUAAACAAAGUUGGAUAAAUUUAAAAAAAAGCAACAGCAGAAACAUUUUGUGCGAGAACCGAAUGAAAAAUCGGAUGCGAACAAUGCUUUACAUCAUUCUAUUUCGAGAACAGUGGGUCUAGACAAGUCCUUUUUCGCGCAGUUCCAUUUCGAAAUCGCACCAACAAUAACCGUUUUUCAGGUAAAAAAUCCGGAAGCGCGAAAGACGGGCGACAAAAUCGAAGUGUUCUAUUCACGCAAGACGACAGUCGUCUCGCCGACCAAUUCAGAUGAUGAGGAGGCGGACUUUUGCUCCGACACGGAACUUCUUCCCUCGUCGCAAGAGGGACAUCGCUCCAGAGCCACGUCGUUCCACGGAAGGGUUCGAGCUGGCAGCGACGACGAGACGGCCAACCCGAAGCACACUGUUCUCAGGUUCGGCAGGCUACGACUUGGUCCAAAAAAAGUUCCCAUUUUUUUAGCAACUUUACCGCACUCUUUAGAGGAGUCUUGCAGUAACUCUUCGUAUUUAACAUUCCGUUUUUCAGAUAUCGCCGCAAAAAAAGGGCGGUCAGUGGCGAGAGGUGAACGCGCAAAGGGACGCCCGACAAGCGGAAAGACGAUGAGGACGAACUGGAGGUGGAUGUGAAGGAGGACCGGUCCGAGCAGACGGGCGUCGUCACGAAGACGUACGAGGCACGGUGGAAGGUGCUCAAGUACGAGCAUCUGCCCGAGUGGCUGCAGGAUAACGAGUUUCUAAGGUGAAUUCGGACACUUCACUCAUUUUCGAACACUUCUCAACGUGUUUCGUUCAGACACGGCCACCGUCCGCCACUCCCCUCGUUCUCCGAAUGCUUCAAAAGUAUUCUGUCGCUGCACACGGAAACUGGCAACAUUUGGACGCAUCUCAUCGGAUGCGUCGCCUUCUUUCUUCUCGCCUGCUGGUUCUUCACGAGACCCGACAAUCACAUUCAGUUCCAGGAGAAGGUAUCGCGCUUUUCUGCCACCAAGCAUUCUAUCGAAACAGAUUUUGCAAAAGACGAUAAAAUUGAAGUCUUCUUUCAGGUCGUCUUCUCGUUCUUCUUCGUCGGCGCCGUCCUCUGUCUCGGUCUCUCGUUCGCAUUCCACACGCUCUCAUGCCACUCGGUGAACGUCGUCAAACUGUUCUGCAAACUAGACUACAUGGGCAUAUCGCUGCUCAUCAUCGGCUCCUUCAUUCCCUGGAUCUACUACGGCUUCUACUGUCGUCGCGAGCCCAAAAUCACGUACAUCGCAAUGGUUUGCGUGCUCGGCAUCGGCGCGAUCGUCGUCUCGUUGUGGGACACGCAACUGAUCGAGGAAUGGUUCCCGGCCGACUGGAGCACAAUUCUCAUCACCAAAACAAUGUUGAUCCUGGCCGACACAGCCAAGGACAUCUUGCUUUCGAGUCGGAAAAUGUUGGAAGAAGUGUCCGGUCCGGUGAAGAUCUUCGGAGACUUCCAUGGCCAAUUCGAAGAGAUAGAGAUCUUUGAAAAACGCCUUUUAGUCUUUUUGUUUGUCCGCUCGAAACACGGUUGUGAUUUCAUGAAAAUCUUCCCGAUAACGUUGUGCAAAUCAGAAAACGGUUGGUGGUAGUUUGUUUGACCUUUCCGUGGCACCCUUCUCUAAUCGUCCAAGUUUCCGGAACUUUCUUCAGUUCCUCCAAUAAGAAAAUCAGUGUUCAAUUCACUGUUCGGCGAGCAAGUGCAACAAAAGAAGAGUUAAUUUGACACUAAGGUGAGCCCCGGGUUGUUUCAGAGACAAAUUCAGCGCAUUUUCAGACGUACUGUUCCAGCCAUGCGUCUGUUCGCCGUUCUAGGCCUCAUCACCUUGUGUUGUGGAUGGGAUGUUCGGAACGAGCCGAUGAGAUUCGCGAGACGGCUCAAUCCUGGAGGAAUCAGCUCGACCACCACUUCCGAUCCGACUCCAAAUUCUACUUCGACUUCUGAUCCUACUCCGGCUCCGACUCCUGCCCCCUGCUCCCCCGAAGACACCAGUUCCGAUUCUGAAAAGUUAGUUUUCCAGCACUUCGUGGUCCUUUCUAGAACAUCCAUUAUUCCAACAGUGUGAUUUUAUUGUUGAUUUCAGCGAAUACUUCGCUCCGCCAAAUCUCCGACGACUUCUCUAUCCUUGGACGGAUCGUGAACACGAUUGCCAUCCAGGAGGGACUCUCCAACAAUUCCAUCCGACUCGUGGAUCUUCUCGCCGAACUGUACGACUUGGAAUCAGGGAAAGGACUGAUGAGGCUGAAGGAAAUGAAGGUGGAUCCUAGAACUGUGUCCGGUGAGUUGGACAAGAUCUUGGGUAUUGUCGGAAAUCUGAAGAAAGAUGCGAUAAAUGAUCCGACGAAUGUGAAAAACGGCAUUGUGACACUCAUGGAAAUGAAGGACAAACUCCCUGAUCUCGAGGCGGGACUCAACGAAACAGCCACGGAGGACUUGGUCACUAAGUUUAAGAUAGUAUCCGGGCCUCUAUUCAUCAAUGGAGACUUCUUGGACACUUCUAAAUUUGAAAGUGUAGUGGAGCAAAUAACUACUAUAAAAAAGAAUCAAGAAAUAAGUGAUACAGAAGUAAUCGCCCUUCUCGAUGGUGCAUUGAAGCAGAUAUUGCAACUCACGGUCCCUCUCUUGGAUCGGUUCCAAUCGUUCAAAGAUUACAAGUCAAAGUUGAGCAAUGUGAUGGCUGUGAAAGAUCUGCACAAGGUGAUUGAACCGGUCCUCGUGAUCUCCCAAGCAGUCCGAGAAUACAGCCAAAACUCGGAGGCGUUUAUUUCUCUUCCGUCCAAGUUGUCUGAAUUGAAAGCUGAAUUAGACAUCUUCAUUCCAAUCGCCGCGAAACAUCAAUCAUUCUCGGCAGUCAGUGCGGCCCUCAAGAUCGCUCAUCCGUUCGUGAUUGAGCUGAUAUCUCCGAGGACUUCCGGACGUAUUCUCACCAGAGCGUUCCCGAACGGAGCCAAGGACUAUGCUCGGUUCCCGAAAGACAUCCGAAGCGAGUGGUUCAAGGAGAAGAUCGCCUGCGGAAAGGACGUGAAACGAUUAGAAGACGCUCUCGACCACUCAAGACACUUCAGCGAGCAGGUGUCGGAGUUGGAUGCGAGCUGGCAGAAAUUCCGAAACAUUUCCCACGUCGCCAACUUCACUGAUCGCCUAGUGAACUCGACAAGCAGUUUGGCAAAGGAUGGAGAGGAAUUGGCUGGAAUCAAGGACUUGAAACCUUCGAUUGAAACGGUUGCGAAUGCGGUCCAAUCUCUCAAGAAUAUCACAUGUGCUCCACCAUUUGAUGAUAUUCAAAAAGUCAAUGAUUAUGUGAAAAACAUCAAUGAGCUCAUUGUGCGAAUGGAACAAGCGAUUGAAAGUGUCAUGCAAAAACACAACUCAAAAAUGUGACAGCAAGUAUGACAACAAUUGCCGAAGUAGCUAAAAAAAUUAAGAAAAAUCCUGCAAAUAUAACUGCCAUGAUUAAAGAUUUCAUCGAACUUCCUGAAAUCCAAAUGGUCGUCGAUCAUAUGAACUUCGUCAAUGCCACUCUCAGUCCCUUCUCAGCAGUCAAACUUGAAGCGGUCUUUAGCAACGUUCCUGACUUUAGUUCGAUCAAAUCAAUACAGUCCUGUCUUAAGGAAACUGGACUAGUUGGCACUCUGAAGCUUCUUCAAUCCAGCAAAUAUGACUCGGACGGAGUCGGAAGGGUCUUCCGCUUCGGAAGAGCUAUUCAAGAAUUGACAACUUCGGAUGUGAGAACAGCCAAAGUUCUGUUCGACACGAUGGACAAGAUGAAAAGAGGCGGUCGUGGGCGUGAUCGGAAAAUCAGGAACGUCGAUGAGAAGACGUCGGGCACUCGACGACAAGCUGGCGCUGAGCAACCUGGAGAAGUCGGAGGAAGUGGCGACGAGCGUUGCGAGAGGAGUAGACACACUCCGGAUGAUGUCCGACGUGCUCGACAAGAAGAAACAGGUGCUGGCGGCGGCCGAUGCUCCACCAGAAGUGAAUGCAGUCAUCGGAGCACUUCCGACGGUCAACGCGUCCUGGACGAGCAUCACGAAAGAAUCCAUGAGGAAGCUGAUCAAGGAUCUGGUGAAUGUGGACAGCUACGCGAAGGAUCUGGCGGAAGAGACCGAUCUUCUGAAGAUCGGAACUGUGUUCGACAAGGCUGGAACAGUGGCAGGAGUCAAACUGAAUACUCGACUUCUUGCGGACUCUAUAUCUGAAACUCUGCAGAACUCCACCAGUCAGAAAGCCAAGAACCUUGAGCCGACUUUCCACGAACUCGGACGGCUCGAACUGGACUUCGCCAGCCACAAGGACGAUUUCACGGCGGCCACUCUCGCUCUGACCCGACUCCGCACCUUCUUCGACGACUUUUUCGGCAUCGAUCGGGCGACUUCGUUGGUGACGGGGACGGAGGAUUCGACGCCGAACGUCGCCUGGUACUACAUCGUCAUUGGCGUCGGCGCCCUCGUCGCCUUGAUCAUUCUGAUCUUUGUGGUUAGAAAGGCGUGGAAGGUGUUGAAGAGAAGGCGAGACUAUAUUAGUGAGUUUCUUCCGUAAUCCCGUGCGAACACUCUGAAAUUUCAGGAAUCGACGAGUACCUGAAAGAUCCUCUCAACUGGCGCCACAACGCAUUCACCAACGACAAUAUGCAUCGAACUUUGGGACACACCGACUUGCAUCUGGCCCUAAAGCAGGCGAAAUGGAACGAAGUCUUCCGUCUGGUCCAUGAAGGCAACUGUUUCAUCAACGGAUACAGUGAGCAUCAUCCGGAGAGGUGCCGAGUAAACUUUGCAAUUGCAGUGUACGAUUGGCCGAACGCUUGGACACCACUCCAGUACGCUUUCAAGAAAAGGGCGCCCGACUGGGUCGUCGUGGCGAUGCUUGAACACGGCGCCGAUCUGUUCCAGAGAGACACUGAGAACAACACGGCCAUGGACUAUCUACUGAAAAUCCACCCGAAGAUUGACGAUAAAACGUACUCGAAAGGAUGGAGAGGUUGGUACGAAUGGAUCCGAAAUGAAGAAGAGUAUCCGCUUCGGUCGAUAAUCCGCCACAAAAAGUUCUACAAGUACCAGAUGAGUGAGUGUCUGUUUUUGUCUUCCAACUCGCUUCCGAUCGACGAUUUGCAGAACCGCCGAUCAUUCUCCACCCCGAAAACUUUUGCGUUCACUUUGACUUAUAUAUCGGAACAUAUAAAAUUGAUAAAUUCGCGAAACUUUUCAGAGGACGGGUCAGUUUGAAGUGGGGGGGAAAGCACACAGAUCUUCGGUUUUGUUUUCAGUGCAAUCCCGAAAGCUUCUACGAGCCGAACAGAAUGGCCACUCACUUUGUGGUGAGCGACGAAGGCACCGGCACAGUGGACCUAGACACGAGAUGGGAUUUGCUUCCGCGACUGUUCAGUCCGACGAUCCUGAUGACGGAAGCGUGGCUGGAAAUGGUGACUUACAAUGGAUUGAAUAGCUUGGAAGGAUGGACCAACGACUACGAUUACCGGAUCACGAAGGCCAAGUACAAAGACCGUAUCUACACGACUGUCGAGCUGAUCAACUCUAUGUAUCAUCAGAUGGUUUGUCGUUUCGCAUUGAUCUCCUCGAUUAGACCCACUUUCAGAGCAUUCCCUACUUGAUUGGAGCCAAGGUUCUGCCUCUUAAUAACACCAAAAAUCAGAUCAAAUCAAACCACCUUCGUUCUCAACGUGGUUCCCUUGUUAGGCGGAUUGAACCGGGACGAUCUGGCAAAAGACGACUACCGAGAAACCUGGUUCUACAAUGACCAUGUGUCGGCAGAGUUGCAUUUCGGCGUCGAGGAAGAGCGAGCAGCAUUCAUGGAAGUUAAGGAACGAGUCUACGAUCUUCAUUCGGAUUCCGCAUACUUUGCGUUCACCACAGAGAGUGAGCUCUUGUCGAAAAUACUCGCCAUGAGUGUUGUGACGAACAAAAAGGUGAAGUUGCUCUACUGUGAUCCAGCUGACUACGCGUACAGCGAACCGACAAACUUUUGGAAUCCGCUGAAUUGGGUGCGAAGACCGAAGGACCCGAAGAUUGAAUUGUGGAAGAAGGAGGAGGCGGAGGCGAGAGCGAGAUGGAUUGAGUGGCUCGAAGAUUUGAAAAAUCCGCGAAAGAAGAAGAAGCCAAAAGUCGCGAAACCUGUGAAAGGCGGAUCCCACUCGACAAAUUCGAUUCUCGAAACGAGAGAGCCGUCCAAAUCGCAAAACAAGAUGGUGACGCAGAAAAAGCCGGCACCGGCGGCGUCGACCUAA